AUGGCAUCCCUCCCAGCCCUGCUCCUCAGCCUGCUGGUCCUGGUUGUCUCUGAAGGCCAGGGUCAGGAGACAGCCAUCCCAGGCUGCUACCUGCACUCCUUCAACGUGACCAUGCGAAGCGACCGCCAAGGCACCUGCCAGGGCUCCCAUGUGGCCCAGGCCUGUGUGGGCCAUUGCGAGUCUAGUGCGUUCCCUUCCCGGUACUCUGUGCUGGUGGCCAGCAGCUAUCAACACAACAUCACCUCCGUCUCUCAGUGCUGUACCAUCAGCGGCCUAGAGAAGGUGAAGGUGCAGCUGAGAUGUGCGGGAAACCGCCAGGGAGAACUGGAGAUCUUCACUGCCAGGGCUUGCCAGUGUGACAUGUGUCGCCUGUCCCGCUACUAG